AUGGAGGAGAAUACUAAUGCAACAGAUUUCGAAUGGCCUACUUUUGAAUGGUGUUUCGAUAUGGAGAUGUGGCUGCACACGAUGGCCACACCUCAAAAUGUGUCGACACAAAUGAGAACCAAAUAUGCACACUACAAAACUUUUAGUUAUCGCUAUAAUGGAUUCUUCACAUUAGUGCUGAUUCUGCUCGGGCUUAGUGGAAGUUGCCUUCUUGUGAAACAGAUCUACAGCUCUCGGGUGUUUUCAAGACGGCUGGCUGUACAUCUAGGGAUGAUUUGCUUCUGGGAUAUGUUGUAUUUACUUUGCUGUCUUUCAACCUACUGUAUCCCAUCACUGAUCUACAGUGUUACCCCAAUCUAUGGACCUUUCUCUUACAUUCUAUUUUUCCUCCAACCCUUCGCAUCUUUCUGUGUGUCAUGCACAAUUUGGCAAGUUUUUGCCAUCACUCUAGAAAGAUAUCUGGCCGUCUCAUCACCAUUGGAACAGCGUACUCGGAAAGCAAAGUUCGGUGUCGGUUGGAUUUGUGUGGGGAUUACUAUUGGUGCAUUCAUCCUCAAUCUGCUACCGGUCCCGUUUGAAAACGAGCUUGUUGAUUGUUUCGAAAUGGGCGUUGAUGAUCAAGGCGCGCCAACGUUCAAGAAUCAUACCAUGAUGAAACCCUAUUAUGAUGACAGGACUCGAAUUUAUAGAUUUUUGGUUCAUUUCUUCCCGGACCUCCUAUUUCGUGCCCCAACCCCAAUCAUAGUCAUCGGAACAUUGACAGUGCGUACUAUCCAAGCAUGCAGUCAGAGAAGCGUAGGAAACUUUCAAAUCGGAAUGAGAAUGAAUCGAAAUAUGCCACUCCGGUUGUCGCUACUUAAUUUCAAAUUCAUCCUAUGUAACACCCUAUACAUGUUCAACACAAUUCUACUAGAACUGUUGGAAUAUGGAAAUAUGGAAAACGGAGACUACGACGGCUAUAUCAAUUCCUUCUACCUAACCGACGCUUCCAAUAUGCUUUUGGUCGUUCAUAGUGCUACUAACUGGCUUCUCUUCUACAAAUUCCCAAGCUGCAGAAAGAAGGAUGUGGUGAGCAUGACACUAUCAACGUCCGUCAAAUACAAUUCUGUGAAAAUCCGCAUUGCUGAACACAUUGGAAAGCAAAUUAGUCCAUUUGCCUCAACUCUUGGAGCUGAUAUAAUUCAUAAGCUUUGCGAAGACGUCCAGGAAGUCCGCAACAUUGUUCAUGGAGACUCACAAAAAGAGAGUGAGCAAUACGAACAGGAAACCCUUGUUGGUGUUCAGUUCGGACAAUUUGUCAAGGAUGUGUUCCGAUGGUUUGGUGAUCGUAGCAGCCGUAUUUCCAAGAAAUUCAUGUACAAGCAGUAUUCGAGCGCCGCCAAGACCGGAAAACUAAACUUCAACCCGACUGAUUGGAAAAACAUCCGUAUCAUUGUCAUAGAUACUUUGGUGGCACAUCUAUUGGCACACGCCAAAGAAAACAAUGGGAAAGCGAAACAUCCUUAUUCGCGAGAGGAUAUUGAAGAAUGUGCAACACGAGUCUUCAAUCAUGUUCUCAGCGAGAUGAAGAAUGUUGCUUUAUGUGCAAAUGUUGAGGAAAGACAAAAAGGAAGGUCUGAACGUUUUGUGCGCUCCAAUUCAACCACAACUGCUAUGCCAAUGUUCCGCGAGCCACCGAGGAAAUCUCAUUCCGUUUCUAUGCGAUUCCAAUAUUCUACCUCAGUGGACAGUGUUCAAAUUUGUGAACAACAGAGUUUAAUUAAUAAUGUCUAA